UACAUAAGCCUUGGGAAGGGGAGUUGAGAGUCCGCCAGCCCAUGCAGCAACCAGUGGCAGCCAGUCAAUGAGGGAAGCAGCUCUGAGGUGCAGGCUCUCUUUAUCUCCUUCCAAGCACUUCCAGGCACCACCACCACCGCAACACCAAGGGGCUGGUUAAUGAGUUGGAGGAGCUGUGCAGAAGGGGCUGAAGUUCACCGGCAGAAGCAGCAGGUGGAAGAGUGAGAGAGAGUGUGAGAGACCCUGAUGCACUGACUCUGUCAAGGAGACGCACGUCCUUCACCUGACUGAGGUAUCUUCUCCAAGCUGAAUCUGGCACCAUGCCACAGAUCGAGGUCAAAACCCAAGUUGCAAAAGUCCUCAAUAAAACCACGCCAGGGCUGCAGAUAUGGAGGAUAGAGGCCAUGGAGAUGGUGCCCUUCCCUUCUAAAGCAUAUGGACAGUUCUAUGAAGGAGACAGCUAUAUCGUUCUAUACACCAAGAAGAUGAACAGCUCGUUCACCUACGACGUCCACUUUUGGCUCGGAAAGGACACCUCCAACGACGAGCAGGGGGCGGCGGCCAUCUACACCACCCUGAUGGACGAGCACCUGGGGGGUGUGGCUGUGCAGCACCGCGAGGCGCAGGGCUAUGAGAGCGACACCUUCCGCGGAUACUUCAAACAGGGCAUCAUCUACAAGAAGGGCGGCGUGGCGUCUGGGAUGAAGCAGGUGGAGACCAACACCUACAACAUCCGUCGCCUGCUCCAUGUCAAGGGAAAAAAGCAUGUGGUGGCUGGAGAGGUGGACAUGAGCUGGAGCAGCUUCAACAAGGGGGAUGUGUUCCUGCUGGACCUGGGCAACCUCAUCAUCCAGUGGAACGGACCCAAGAGCAACCGCAUGGAAAAACUCAAGGGAAUGAAUCUAGCCAAAGACAUCCGUGACAGGGAGAGAGGGGGACGGGCACAGGUGAGCGUGGUGGAAGGGGACGACGAGAAGUCUUCAGAGGAGGCCAUGAAGCUGAUGAAACAGCACCUAGGAGAGACAAGACGGGACAUCAGGGACUGCAUCGCACCUGACGACAUAGUCGACCAGAAGCUGAAGUCCAGCGUGAAGCUCUUCCAUAUCUCAGAUGCCCAGGGGAACCUUGUGGUGCAGGAAGUGGCAGUGAAGCCUCUGACUCAGGACCUGUUGAAUCACGACGACUGCUUUCUGUUGGAUCAAGGUGGUACACGGAUCUUUAUCUGGAAAGGAAAGAAGGCUUCCAAGACAGAACGGUCUGAGUCUUUGGAUAAAGCAGAAGCAUACAAGAAGGCGAAGGGCUACCCUAGCUCCACCUACAUUGAGACGGUGAAUGAUGGUGCUGAGUCUGCCGUAUUCAAGCAGCUGUUCCAGAAGUGGACCGUGAAGGGUCAGACUGUGGGGAUGGGAACCACAAGCAGCACAGGGAAAAUUGCCAAGGUUGAGCAGAUCAAGUUUGAUGCAACUUCCAUGCAUGCAAGACCUGACCUGGCUGCCCAGCAGAAAAUGGUGGACGACGGAACAGGCGAAGCAGAGGUGUGGAGGUUAGAGGACAGUGAGCUGGUGCCUGUGGACAGGAAGUGGUUGGGCCACUUCUAUGGAGGCGACUGCUAUCUCAUCCUCUACAAAUAUGAAGUCAGCCACAGGAGUCACUACAUGCUAUACAUGUGGCAGGGUCGUCAUGCGACCACGGGAGAGCUAGCUGCCUCUGCUUUCCAAGCCGUGAACAUCGACAGGCAGUACAACGGGGAGCCAGUUCAGGUCCGAGUGCCCAUGGGGAAAGAACCACUCCACCUCAUGGCCAUAUUCAAGGGCAAGAUGGUGGUCUAUGAGGAGGGGAGCUCCAGAGUCAACUCUAAACAUGUCCAGCCGGCAGUUCGUCUCUUCCACGUCCAUGGCACCAACGAGUUCAACACCCGCGCCAUUGAAGUGCCAGCACGCUCUUCGUCCCUCAACUCCAACGACGUCUUUGUGCUCAGCACUGACACUUGCUGCUAUCUGUGGUACGGAAAGGGCUGCAGUGGCGAUGAGCGAGAGAUGGGCAAAUCCCUGGCAGACAUAAUCUCCAGGAGGGAAAAACAGGUCAUUGCAGAGGGCCAGGAGCCGGCUCACUUCUGGGUCAAUCUGGGAGGCAAGUCCCAGUAUGCCAACAGCAAGAGGCUUCAGGAUGAGCACAGCAACAUCACCCCACGUCUCUUCGAGUGCUCCAAUCAGACGGGCCGCUUCCUGGCCACGGAGAUCACCAACUUCAACCAGGACGACCUAGACGAAGAUGACAUCAUGUUGCUGGACAUAUGGGACAUGGUGUUCCUGUGGAUGGGCAAGGGAGCCAAUCAAAUAGAGAAGGACAAUGUGGUCCCCACGGCACAAGAAUACCUGAAGUCCCACCCAGGGGGUCGGGAUGUAGACACCCCCAUCGUGAUGAUCAAACAGGGCUUUGAGCCUCCCACCUUCACUGGCUGGUUCCACGCCUGGGACCCACACAUGUGGAGUGGAGGGAAGACCUACCAAGAAUUGAAGGCUGAGCUUGGGGAUGCCACUGACAUCAUCCAGAUCACUGUGGAGAGAACCACAUCCAAUUCCACUCAGAAUAACUCCAAGAACACUGGAAUACCACUGUUGCAACCUACCGUUCAGGCCACCUUCCCUGCAGACAAGCUGUUGAACUGCCAGACAGAGGACCUGCCCGAAGGGGUUGACCCCACCAAGAAAGAGGAGCAUCUUUCCAAUGAUGACUUUGCUCUGAUCCUGGGUGUGUCCAGGGUAGAGUUCUACUCCAUGCCCAACUGGAAGCAGCAGAAUUUGAAGAAAGAGAAGGGUCUGUUCUAGAAGGAGUAUAUCUACACCUUGGGUCUCAUUUUGACAGCGUAAAAUAACUGCACUGUUGUCAAAUCUCCUCAAACUCUAUUUCAAAACGAGUUAGAAAUGCAAGAGUUCUAAAUUCUGCAUCUUGAAUCUGCACUGUUAUUUGUGCAUCUUAGACCUGCAGAAAUAUUACUCCAGCGUGGACAUUAAAACAAAAGUACUAAAACAAAAGUAUAUGGAGUAUUUCAGACAUGGUUGACACUUUUUCAUGCUUUCAAAAUUAGGCCUCUCGUGUUUUGUCAUCUAGCCUUGCACUUCUACUCUUAACCAAGAGAAUGUGUGCAUGAGUGGGUAGUUCUCAAAUAACUGUAAACAACAGAUUGAAGUGCCUUUAGGUUAAUGUCUUGCAAAUAAUCUAUGAUUUUUUUUCUUGCUUCUGAAAUGUUGUUAUAAUGUAGGCAAUCGAGUUAUGAAGAUGACAUUAGUAGUUGAUAGAAAGGAUUCUACACGUUUUAUUAUUGGAGAUUUAGCAUAGCAUAGCAUAUUUGCAGCACUUUCCCCCCUGAAUUGCUACUUGUGUCACAGAAUUAUAUCUGGAUAUGUAACGUGCCUGUCAGGCAUUUACAAAUAAGUAGAAUAUGAUAUUGGUUCUAUACUUUAUGUCCACAAUUAGCCUUAAUAUUGAAAACAUAUCUGCAAAUGUAUAUUUGCAAUCUUCAGAGGACCACAAGGGCUUAGUUUAUUAGUAGGUACUUUGUGUUUCAUAAUAUAAAUGUUGAGGUAUAACGUAUCAAUGAAAUUAUGACUGUCAAAUGGAGAUAUCUAUUGGGGUAUUUUGUUUUUGCUAUGUUGGAUAAGCAGAUGAAUAUAUCUCUAUGAAGACCCUUCAUUUGCAAUGCUACAAUGACAGUCAAUAAAGACCAUAUUCCCCA